AUGUGUGAACGGGAGCACAGCGUUUAUUUUCACUGUUCUUCCACGAAUCACUUUUCCUGCCUGCCGGCCUCCUGGUACUGCAGCGUGUCCCUGCUGUCUCUGGGCUGUGCUCCCAGGCAGCGACUGCUGCUGCUGCUCUUCAUCACCUCCGCACUCCUCCUCCUUGGAACCUACCAGAGGCAGCUGUGGGGCCCGGGACAGCGACGGCCCGGGUACCGAGUCAACAAGUACCUCUCCAUCGCAGAGUCCAUGGAGGCCACCGACGUCCUCAACCCGGCUCUGAACUAUGGCAUCGUGGUGGACUGUGGCAGCAGUGGCUCUCGGGUGUUUGUGUACUACUGGCCCCCCCACAAUGGGAACCCCCACACCCUGCUGGACAUCCGACAGAUGAAGGACCGCGACCGCAAACCAGUCGUCAAGAAGAUCAAACCCGGUAUCUCCACCCUGGCAAACACUCCAACGCGGGCCAGCGACUACCUCCACCCCCUCCUCAGCUUCGCUGCAGCUCAUGUCCCGCGGAACAAGCACAAAGAGACGCCGCUCUACAUCCUGUGUACUGCUGGCAUGAGGCUGCUGCCGGAGAGCCAGCAGGCGGACAUCUUGGAUGAUUUAGUCACCGAUGUUCCUCUGCAGUUUGACUUCCUGUUUUCCAGCUCCCAUGCUGAGGUCAUCUCUGGGAAACAAGAAGGAGUGUAUGCGUGGAUUGGCAUAAACUUUGUGUUGGGCCGCUUUGAGCACGCUGAUGACGAGGAUGCCACAGUUGAGGUGACAACAGGGUCUCAGAACCAGCAGCCAAUCAGCAGGCGGCGCACCGUGGGCAUCAUGGAUAUGGGUGGAGCUUCACUGCAGAUCGCCUACGAGGUGCCGAGCGCCAUCACCUUCAGUUCACCACAAGAAGAGGAAGCAGGGAAGAGCGUCCUCGCUGAGUUUAAUCUGGGCUGUGACGUGGAGCACACACAACAUGUUUACAGAGUCUAUGUCACCACGUUCCUCGGCUUCGGAGGAAACAUGGCCAGGCAGCGCUACGAGGACCAGCUGGUCAACAACACACUGGCCAAGAACAGGUUUCUCACCCCCCAGACGGGCCUGACUGAGGACAAACCGUACCUGGACCCCUGUCUGCCGGUCAGCCUGUCAGACACCGUUGUGAGGGACAACCACACGCUGACCCUGAGGGGUCAGGGCGACUGGACUCAGUGUCAGGAGGCUGUGCGACCCUUCCUGGGCCUCCACAACGGCACCAUGUCCCCAGGGGGCGUGUACCAGGCUCCCAUCAACUUCAGCAACAGUGAGUUCUACGGCUUCUCCGAGUUCUUCUACUGCACCGAGGACGUGCUGAGGCUGGGAGGACAGUACGACAGUCACAAGUACUCCGUCGCCGCCAUGGACUACUGCUCCACCAAGUGGUCGACUCUGAAGCAGCGUCUGGACAACAAGCUGUUCUCUCAGCAGGCCGACAUCAGCAGACUCAAGUAUCAGUGCUUCAAGUCGGCCUGGAUGUACGAGGUGUUGCACUCCGGCUUUCGUUUCCCCACCGACUACCCGAGUCUGAAAACAGCUCAGCUGGUUUAUGACAAAGAGGUCCAGUGGACUCUGGGAGCCAUCCUGUUUAAAACCCGCUUCCUGCCUCUCAGGGACUUGCAGCAGGAAACACUGCGGCAGAGCCACCCCAGCUGGCUGCGUGCCUCCUUCGUCUACAACCACCACCUGUUCUCGCUCUGCAUCCUGGUCGUGGUGCUGGCCAUCCUGCUCUACAUCCUGCGCCUGCGGAGGAUCCACCAGCGGGAGCAGCGGCAGGCCGAGACCCUGAACCUCCUCUGGGUCGAAGAGGGAGAGACCCUCCUCCCCUGAGACGUCUUCCGACAACCUGCGGGGGUCUCGCGUCCUCCGUGACUGGAACACCUGAACUGAUGAGUGUGAGUACGGAGGACAGGUGAGGAACCUGUGACUUGGCCAACGAGGAUGUACAGCGUCGACCUUAAUCUUCAGCGGAGAAUGAAUCCUAAUCUGGUUUAGUUGCUCUCCUCUGGGCCGUCUCUCCCUCGUGCAACAGUUGACGGCGAUAAUGGUGACUUCUGAAACGUAAUGCGUUUUGUUUUAGCUGUAAGGGGGGGGGGGGGGGGGUCGUACCCGCAGGUGACCAGGACUGCUUAAUGAAAGCGAGGCUCACAGGGAAUCAACGCAGAUGGAGUCAUCAUUCUGAAGACGUCUUCUUCAUAAUUAUAAUUUAAACUUUAAAAUGUUUGAUUAGUUUCCGGCACAUGUAGAGCUGAACACACCUGUGCAGGUAACACCUUCCACUCAACACCUUUGUUUCAGGCUCGUUAAAGUGUGUGUGUGUGUGUGUGUGUGUGUGUGUGUGUGUGUGUGUGUGUGUGUGUGUGUGUGUGUGUGUGUGUGUGUGUGUGUGUGUGUGUGUGUGUGUCCCUUCCCCUUCGGUGACGGAUCUGAACUUUCACACCUGCAAACAAAAGCAAAGGUGAAGAAGCUGCAAGAACGUUGCACUUGAGUGCGAGGUGAUCUCACGGCGAGUGCAGCGGUACUCUGCGUUCCCUCUACACCCCCGUAUGUCCCGGCGGGAUGAUGUCAGCUGCAGACGUCUGCUCCGGCCUCAGAUCGGGCUUUGGUACUCGUCUGCCACUAUUGUCCCAUCGAGACCUUCGUCCAGCUCCGAUGUUUAUCAGAGAACUGUUUGCAUGAAGGAGCUGAAAGCAGACGCCGGCCCCGCAGACCUGACUUUAAACAGAUGUCUGAUCUGUGAAUGCAAUAACUCCACGAGGGUGGAAGAUCACGUGUGUUGAACAUGUAGUAUGGUUUUCACAAUGACCUCCUUUUAAAGCCAUGUACGAGGAUAAAGCCUGACCCUGCAGAACGAGGGGAUUUUAAACCCUUUGUGCAGCUGCUGGAAGUGAAGCCAUCGUGUUGAGUGCUGACAGACUGCUACAGCAAACCAUGACUGUGCAAACGUGUGUUCGAGGAGCAUCGUGCGAAACUUCGUGAGAAGUUAGAUAACGUGUUGAUCCCACAGAGUUUCUUUCAAUGUCAAAUUCUAAUUUUGUUGUUGAUUUCAGUGAGCGGGGCAUCAAACUCAAUGGUGACUCCAUGGCUGUAAGAAGAGCUGUGGUUCCACUUGUUCUCUACACACCUGCUCUCCUUUCUUUUCUACUCGUCCUCACACAAACACGUCGGUGUGUGUUUGUAACCUUCGUCUCCUCGUCUUCACAAAGACUUUUCCCUCUAACUGAACCAGCGGCAGGAGUUUACAGCAUGCAGGAGUCAGAGUCGCUUCUGUGCCACUUCCGACGCAGAUUCAUCCCGCUGUGGUUUUCCUCUGAUGCUUUGACUCCUGACUCGGACCAGAACUGGGCGUUGUGCAAUGUUACACAGUAAUUCACUGACGGGGACACUUUGAUGCUUUUUAAAUAACCUUUUUAAGAUCAAGGUGAAUAGAAACGAUUCCAAUCCAAUAAAGGAUCCUUUUUGUAAUGAAA